GGGCACAGGUGGGUGGCACUGGUGGGCACAGGUGGGUGGCACUGCUGGACACAGGUAGGUGGCAUUUCUGGGCACAGGUGGUGGCACUGCAGAGUGGCACAGGUGGGUGCACUUUGCACUGCUGGGCACAGGUGGGUGCACUGCUGGGCACAGGUGGGCGGAGCUCGCACUGCUGGGCACAGGUGGGCGGAGCUUGCCACUGCUGGGCUCUGGGCACUGAUCAUCAGUGCCCUGAUGAUCGGUGCCGAUCCCCGCUCUGACAACUGCCGGUCUUCGGCAGUACUUUCCUCACGAUCUGACAGCGUGAGGAAAGUGCAGCCGAGAACCGGCACUUGC